UCAAUCAGUAUUAUGUAUGGUGCUGGCAAAUGACACUUAGGUAGAACCUGUUUUCUCCCCCCUGAGGCGAGCAUUAUCUGUACUGUGUGCAUGGAAAUCACUAAAAACAAAAAGUUGCCGUCUUAGCUAUAAAAAGAAAUUGCUUGCUGGAUACAUCACUUUACAAUGACACACCUUUAAUAAAAACUAAAACAGAAACAAAAAAAAAUUUGUGAGUAUAGAAGUGCUUUAACCAGUUUGCUAGCACAUACAUCUACAAUAAGCAUUACAGUCUACAAUCUGCAACUACUCCUCAACUGCUUUAACACUGGAAAGCAAAAUAAAUAAGAUUUGCUGAGAAAUUAUUUUCUUCAACUGGAGACGUGUCAUCAUAACAGAGAUUUCUGCAAAUCAUACAAGUUUAAGAAAAACUUUCCCCUCAUAGAAUCAGAAAUCACUUUUCAGAUUCAAUAACUGGUCGAAUGAUGACAACUCUAAGGAGGAAAACUUUGAGUCAAUCGACAUAUCAUUCACGUCAUCGAGCACCGAUCCGAAAGUCACUAUCGAGUAGAGAUAUACACCAAGUGUUUACAUCCUUCCCAACUCUGGGUAGAUCUACACACAGGGUACGGAACUCAAGCCCUUUAUCAUAUUUUCAAAUCUACACUAAAAAAGCAGAUGAUUCAAGUUACGAGCCUGGUGAACAGAUGACUAUUGACUUGGAGUUUUACAUAAAACAUCCUUUGGAGUUACAAUUUAUUGAAAUGAUUAUCGUUGGUCAAAGCAGUGCUACAUAUCUACAAACAGGAAUCGGAGGUGCCCCUAAAAAGGUUUUCAUGAAUAAAAAGUUUGCUGUUCUGGGUAAUCCUCAUGAAAGGAUGAUUGCUAUGCCAGGCUUGUACAGCUCACAGUAUAAAUACUGGUUACCACCAGAUAUACCAUCAUCAUUGCUCUAUGAAGAUAAAAACACAGUUGUAUUAGAAAUUACCUACUUUAUAGCCAUUUAUAUUCAUACACCCCUCAAUAUUCAUCCGUCAAGCUACAAUUUUCAAUCAAGGGACCCCCAUACUGUGCUACUGAGAAAGAAACACUUCCAAGUUGAAGAAUCUCCCAGUAGCCUAGUAAACAGACUGUCAGAGGCAUUGAUUCCCGUGAAUCACGAAGAGAAAACCAAAUUAAAGUUCAGUCGUGGAAAACAAGUUCACAUUGUCUUAACCCUUGACAAGAGGUUAUAUGAACCAGGAGAGAGGAUCUGCCUUGGUCUCCAGAUAGCUAUCGACCCAGGAUGGCCAACAAAAUCAGUUUCGAAAAUUACAGGAACACUUAACCAGUUGGUUCAGUUUGAGGAAAAGAGUGAACGUUUCUCUAAAUGCAUUUCGCAUGUGCGUUCAAAGGACCCUAGUCCAAUAGAGGAACCAUCACAGAAUGAAAAGAAGCAAAAUAAAUUCCAGAUUUUCCUUCCUAUUCACAAGAAUGCAGCCUUGUGUACCAGUCAGUACAAAUGCAAAUUAUUUCAAGUGUCCCACUAUUUACAAGUUGAGAUCACUUUUUCUGGAUUAAGCGGGAAACUAAGAUUCAGGAUACCGAUUUUUAUUGGACAACGGAUUUUACCUCACCUGACAAUUUCGCAGAAAAUAACAUCAAACUUUUUAACACCAAUAUUUAGCAAACCCCUUCGCUUUCCUCAUUUCAGUCCAACAGAAAUGCCACAAAAUCAAAUACAAACUACCAAAGUGAGUUCUAAAUGGUAUUCGUAUUUUUGUUGUUGUUGUUGCUGUUGUUGUUGAAAUCAAAAUAAUAAAAAAAAUAUCUUUU